GUUGUACUUUCAAUUGAAUAUACACAGCACAAAGUGUAUCUUUUCUUGACGACGGCGCGGAAACGUGAACCAGGGGUUGAAGUGGAACUGAGAAGUCUUUUCGCCAGCAGUAUCUAUCACAUGCACUCGGGGUUGCUCGCAAGUUCAAAGAAAAAGACAGAACCUUUAACCGUGCCGUGGUCCGAGAGCAGUAGACGGCGCUAUGUAUGUGUGCAUGUGUGCGAGACAAAUCGAAUUGGAAGCCAACAACAACAAAGUUACAGAAGAAAUCUUUAAGAUACUCGUACAGAGUACAUAGGAGAUAAGACACGGCAUAGCGAUUGUCAAGUAGUAGGGAGGGUUUGGCUUCGAACGUCGUUUUUCUUGUAUUUUUGGCUCGGGCUCCGGUUUUGGCUUUAGCCUGGCAGGUUCAGGUCUUGUCUAUGUGUGGCGUGACGGUGGCAACGAAGAUAGUGCUGUAAUGUGCUGGGUCGGUACGGUUACGGUCGAGUCGGGUCGGGUCGUGUACCUUUUGGCACCGACUGUUUUGCCAGUCAGGCUCUAAAAGGCCUUACGAGAACACAGUGUUGUUUACGUGUGUGCUUCUGUGUGUGCUCCUACUGUGCUGCACUGGAAACAACACUCGAACUUUUAAGGAUAUUUUUUAAAGGAAAAAAAAAUACGAAAAUUCGAAUUUUACGCGAAUCAAAAUGUUGUGGAAUAAUUAGUAAAAAUAUUUUUUUUCAUUCGAAUGAUCGUCGGAAAAAGGAACUGAACAAAUGAUAGUUAUUCAGAACAAGAUCGACGUUUGUUUGAUUUUACGGUUCUUCAAGUUGUUUCUAUCAUAUCGCGAUAAGGUGUUUCGUCCUCAGAGAAUCCUUGUUGUUUUAAAUAUCUGCGCCAAAUGUGGAUUGAGUGUCGGUCUUUCACAGUGGUUAGCGUGUUCUUACGUAAAAUUUGGCGCGCAGCCUACUCGGUUGAUGAUCGAACAUUGACCAUGUUUGCGAACAUUCCGAAAGUUUUGUAAUUUUCUGAUGAAAGUUUAGUUUGCGGGAAAUGUGGUAAAUUAAAGCAAAAAAACACGAAAGAUAUUUGAUUCUGUUUAAAAAAAAUCGAAAAUUAGUCCAAGAAAUCACCGUUGGAUUGGCCAGCGAGUGCUUCAGUGGAUAUGCGAAUUGUGCAAGAUCAGUGAAUUUUCUCUACAAAUAAUCGACUAUCGGAGUGUUGACAAUUUUGAAAAAAAUAAGCCGAAGCGAACUAUAGCGGCAAAAGUUUUUCUACGAUUCUUCGAUUUAAUUCCUGUUACUUCCUUACAAGGAUUCUGAUCGUGCCAUUUUUCAGCGACUGGGUCCUUGUACCUCCAUAUCUUUUUUUCCCCCGGUGUUUUUGAUAAGCCGCCAAAAUUAUUACUCACAAUUCAUUAAGUGUGUACGGGGGUGGCGUUAUGUGCGCCUCACCGUCCACAGCGACCGGGUUUUUUAACCCCCGAUCGCAAUCCUCCGAGUUGAGCGCGCUCGAACUCGGGUUUCCGCGUAGUAUGGCCCUGGUGGCACCGCCGCCCCCCAGUGCUUGGCAUGAUCCAAAUUUGAGUAGUCACAUACCUGUUUCGGGAUCAGGGACCGGUUUAUCGUCCGGUGCUGGUGGGGGAGGUGGAAGCGGCGGAACCGGAAGCGGCACAGGAACAUCUAUAACACCCAAGGAGGAACUCACAAACCUGUCAGGUCAUCAUGGGAGUGCAGGGGGUGGAAGUUUAGGAUCUCUUGUUAGUGCAAAAGAUUGCCUGCCCGCCAGCACAACACCUGGAUCACAGGCAAAUAGUUCACAGAGUAGUAGUGGUGGUGGAUCGCAAAUUGACAAAAAUCAAAAUAUUGAAUGUGUUGUGUGUGGUGAUAAAAGUUCCGGAAAGCACUAUGGGCAAUUUACGUGCGAAGGCUGUAAAUCAUUUUUUAAACGGUCGGUUCGAAGAAAUUUAACGUAUUCGUGUCGUGGCAAUAGAAACUGUCCAAUAGAUCAGCAUCAUAGAAAUCAGUGCCAACACUGUCGAUUAAGAAAGUGCCUAAAAAUGGGUAUGAGAAGAGAAGUUCAACGAGGACGGGUACCACCAACACAACCAGGCCUCACAGGAAUGCACGGGCAAUAUCAAUUAGCGAAUGGCGAUCCAAUGGGUGUGGCGGGUUUCAACGGUCAUUCAUACUUAAGUUCCUAUAUCUCCCUGCUCUUACGUGCCGAACCAUAUCCAACGACAAGAUACGGACAAUGCAUGCAACCAAAUAAUAUCAUGGGCAUCGAUAAUAUCUGCGAAUUAGCUGCCCGACUACUCUUCAGUGCGGUUGAAUGGGCGAAAAACAUACCAUUUUUUCCUGAACUACAGGUGACAGAUCAAGUGGCGCUCCUGCGAUUAGUGUGGUCUGAAUUGUUCGUACUAAAUGCGUCACAAUGUUCGAUGCCCCUGCAUGUUGCCCCUCUUCUAGCCGCAGCUGGUUUGCAUGCUUCCCCUAUGGCAGCGGAUCGUGUGGUUGCAUUCAUGGAUCAUAUACGAAUCUUCCAGGAGCAGGUGGAGAAGCUGAAAGCGUUACAUGUUGACUCAGCCGAAUAUUCGUGUCUAAAAGCAAUAGUCCUAUUCACUACAGAUGCCUGCGGUCUUUCGGAUGUUACGCAUAUAGAAUCUCUUCAGGAGAAAUCGCAAUGUGCCCUGGAAGAAUAUUGUCGGACGCAAUAUCCAAAUCAGCCAACCCGUUUUGGGAAAUUACUUCUGAGGCUUCCAUCCUUACGAACUGUUUCAUCACAAGUCAUCGAACAAUUAUUUUUUGUACGUCUAGUCGGUAAAACACCAAUUGAAACAUUGAUACGUGAUAUGCUUUUGUCCGGUAAUAGUUUUUCGUGGCCGUAUUUACCGUCAAUGUGACAUACAAUGUGGCGACAACUGGCAACAACCUGAUCAUCAGCAAUGGGACCAACAAUGGUCCCCACCCUCUCAACCUACUGUGGUGCUACUACUAAUACUAUGUUAAAUACUUCUACUUCAAUCGAUAUGAAUCUAUCAUCGACAUCUAUGACUGAUAGUUUAUCAUCGUCAUCGAAUUUAGUUGACAACAGCGAGGUUCCAGUUGUUGUUGAUGUCAAAUAAAGACCACGUCUUAACUCCGCUCCUUUGGAUACAAUAUCAAAAUUUGCUGAUACUCUCAGAUUUAAUCAACUAUGCCAGCAAGCAGAUAAGUAGAAAAUUUUAAGAUGAAAAGGAUGUUUUUAAAACAGAAAGGAAAUUUGAUAUUUAUCGCAGAAAAAGAAACAAAUGAAAUAUGGUUAAAUGAGGCUAGUUUUUAGGUCUAAGUAAAUCCUUUUUCGGAUAUUUCUGAUGCCGAUUUACGUUCAACGAUCUUUGGCAUAAAAUUGAAACUCCUCGAAUGGCACUCUUACUUAAUUUAAGAUAGGCGGACCGAACUUUAGAUAUUUUUAAUUUUUUAAUCAAAAUAAUGAAUAAAAUAUGCUUUAAGGUGCCAUUUCUUCAAAAAAGUUUUUUCAAUACGAGGCAUUGAAUUGAGAAGUGAAAGAUCCUUUUUAUUUUCAUUCUACUUGAGUCACUAUUUAUAGACAAAUGCUUCCAUGAUGAAAAUGUUAAUUUUUUAUAGUUUUUACUCUGAUUCAUCAAUCCUGUUCAAUAAUAGUAGAUCCGCUUUUUUUUACUUCUUCUUUUUCUUCAGCCUUUGCCCCGUUCACAAGUGGGGUCGGCUCGAGUAGAUCCGUUUUUUUUUUGUGAAGUUCAAUAAUCUACCUUCACGGCAACGAACAAAAUUUCACCUGUCUUCACUUCCCUACUCAAUUUCUACAGUGGAGUUCAUUCCUCCUAAUUAAUAUAUAGCAGUGCAUAUGUAACCCUUAUUCCAGUGCAAAACAAAUUUCUCCGAAUUCAAUUCAUUUCUAUCUUUUAAAAUGUCUAAACAAAAGCACACGAAAUUUGAUGAAGUAACUGCCAAGUAAUAAAUGCGUUCAAAUUUUUGUUAAAAACAAUAAUUCCGAAACUUAUUUUGCUUGCAUCGUUUUAUUUAUACAGAUCAGAUUUGUAGUAAAAUGCAUUGUAGUAAAACCGUCCACUUUAAUACUUCAUUUUUACUUCUGAAAGAAAAAUCAAAUGAUGAAGGACAUUCUUAACUUGAUACUAAGUAAAAGCAAACCAAAGUUUGAAUUUUUAAACUAAUAUUUUCAUUGAAAUACAAUUAAACUUGAAAUAAUCGACUAUUUUCCUUUUAUUUAUCACUUUACUUAAAAAAUCUAAUUUAUUUUGAGUGAUAUAUUGCACGGUUUUUUCCAUUUUUCAAUACGGUAGAAAUUCAAUCUUCUUUCAAACACUUUACGCACAGAUUAUACAUAUACAUAUAUUUUAGUUUCAAAUUCUUCUUAUCACUAAGAUAGAAAAUCAAAAAAUGACAUAAAAUCAAAAUGAUAUCAGUUUCCAUUAUGUUUAGAUGCAAUUUUUACUGUUGUGAUUUUUCUUAGUUUUUUUUACAACAUAUUUUGUAUUGAAGACCAUUUUUCACCUUAGGAUAAUUAAUAUAAAAAUGUAAAUAUGACUUUGUAUGUUUAAAUUUAGUUGAAUAAGGAUAUAAAAUAUAAAAUGAAAUUUAGAUGAAUUACCUAUAAUAUAUUUGUUUAGCAAAAUUUGUAAUCCUACGAAUAAAAUUGUCAUAAAUAAUGUUUUUAUGAUAAAAAGUACAUAGACAUGCACCCAAUCUGUAAAUAGUCCUAUAUAUAUAUAUUGUAUAAAUACAGAAGAACCUGUGUUAAGACUCAGAUAAAUAUAUUAUCUAUAUAAUAAAAUCAAUAUAUUCAUAAGAAUUGAGAAAGAAACACUUAAAUUAUAUUAAAAAUUUUAUUUAAAAUAAAAAAUAAUUGGGAUUAAAAGUAAUAAAAGAUACUUAGUGAAAAUUAAACAGUUUAAACAAAGACGUCGAAAUGAAAAAUGUUAGUUAUUGUAUGUAUGUAUGUGUGUUAAUAUGAAUGAACAAUGAAUGGAACGAAAGUUUUGGAUGAACUGCAUAUUAUGUUAUUAAAUUUGUAUGCUCAAUAUAAUGAGAAUGUUGUCUAAAUGAUUGAUAGUGGCAAAUGUAAAACCAACUGUAAUAUCUCAUAAAUUGAAUAAAAAACAAAAAUUGAUUAUAUG